GUCGCGCUGUUGAUUUCGUAACCCGCGGCUGCUGAGGAGGUUCCGCUGGCUGCUGUGUACGCGGCGAGUUACACCUGGUGCGGCCCAUUUGGCUCCCACUGCGCCCGCGAACCGGGUCUCAACGCCAGCUGCAGCCGGGUAGCCAUCUAAACAUGGACUCCGCCGGCCAAGAUAUCAACCUGAAUUCUCCUAACAAAGGUCUGCUCUCCGACUCUAUGACGGAUGUCCCUGUGGACACAGCGGUGGCUGCCCAGGCUCCUGCUGUCGAGGGUCUGACGGAGACCGAGGCCGAGGAGCUCAGGGUGGAGCUUGCAAAGGUGGAAGAGGAAAUUGUCACUCUGCGCCAGGUGCUGGCAGCCAAGGAGAGGCACUGUGGUGAGCUGAAGAGGAAGCUGGGCCUUUCCACCUUGGAGGGCCUGAAGCAAAACCUGUCCAGGAGUUGGCAUGACAUGCAGGUCUCCAAUGCCUACAUGAAAACUUCUGAGAAACUCGGAGAGUGGAAUGAGAAAGUGACCCAGUCAGACCUCUACAAGAAAACCCAGGAAACCCUGUCUCAGGCGGGACAGAAGACCUCGGCGGCCCUGUCCACCAUGGGCUCUGCCAUCAGCCGGAAGCUUGGGGACAUGAGGGCUCGGCCCUUCUCACACUCCUUUAGCAGCAGCCACUCCAUCCGCCACUCCAUAAGUAUGCCGGCCAUGAGGGUGCAGUGGAAUCACGUGCCCAGCAUCCGCCUCUGUCCGGUCAAGGGUUCUGUGGUUCGCCCACGUGAAGUCUGGAUCUCACCAGCUGCUGGCAUGCAGAUCCUCUGUCCUGCAGUUGGAAUUCUGCUACCUUCAAGUCGUUUGAGGACCGAGUUGGGACCAUCAAGUCUAAAGUUGUCGGUGGCAGAGAGAAUGGUGGUGACAACCUUCCCUCCCCAACAGGGAGUGGUGACAGACCGUUGCCCGAUCACAUACCUUUCUAAGACUGUAGCGACUUUGCCUGGCCACGGAAUAAGCACACCCUCAUCGCCACAACUGCAACUUCGAGUGGUGUGUGUGGAGGACAAUUAUGCCAUCCCCAUGGAGACGUGGUCGCAUGGGUCAGAGAACACGCCUUGUCCACAGAUGCCUCCCCCUCUGUCAGAUCAGCAGAUCAUUUCGCCAUCCUGCCUUAGGGCAGGGAGUGGGCAGGGUGAUGGUACCAGGGUGACUGAGCCAAAGCCAGGCUUCUGUUGGAAAUCUCUUAGUUGGUCAGCAUGUUUAAAGGGGGGGAUGUGGUAAGUGUAAAAUGCUCUGUUUUCCAAAGUCUUUCCGUAAGUCACAGAAGGACGAGUCAUCCAGAAAGCCCUGCCUGAUCUGCAGUUUAAUUUCAAAAUGCUAAACAGGAAAACUAUCCAUUUUCUGAGACCUAGAAAGAAGCUGAUGAUCAGCUGCCGCCUAAUUGUUACACUAACAAUCUAGCUUUAACAAAAGCAAAUUCUUUAUUUUCUAUAAAUGCAAUGGGUUUUUCAAAAAGUAAAACUAAGCGAAGCAGCUUUAGCCUCAUAGUUAGAAAGUAUUUCUUUGGACUCAAGCUGAAAUGCACGCCUUACAUCGCCUUAUGCUUUGUUUAUAAUGUUUUUAUAUACAAACAAGGAUUCUUCAGUGGGUUUUGAGCAUUAUGUAAAACCCUGCAUCCAGCCAAGGGGCAGCACGGCUGUGCCAGUGCUGUGUUUUAUUUCGUGAGUGCACUCCAUCCCUGUGUAGAAACUGUCUUCUCUCCUCUUGGUGACCACAGCAGCAUCUGCUGGCCAGUGGGGAUGGAGGCAGGAGAAAGACCAGCCCCUCCGUGGAGGGCCGGCGUUGCCCUUGCUCAAACCAGCCUUGGCUGGCUCCUCCCAGGUCAGCGGCUGCAGCCUGUGGGUAUACCACAUGCUGGGGCCGGCAAGCAGCAGGCAGACCCUGCAGGUAGGUCAGGGCUGGGGCUUCGGGUCAGCUGGGACUCUGCUGUUGCCUUUUCUCAGGAGCUACAAAGAUCUUUUUCUCCUCUGAUGCUGCCACAGCCCAGCAGCCUCACCCCUGGCCCCAUGUCUGGUGCAUCUGGAGGGGCAGCUCUGUGCCUUACAGGCUCUUGGUGGGCAGAGACCUCGACCGCCUGUGUGUGCUUUCGAGGGGGAGGAGCCAUCAGCUUAGUGUCCUCUCUGCUGGACUGUGAUGUGCUGCCUGGUAUCUGCAUGUGCUGGUCACUUCAGACACUUGGGGGGCAGGGGAGCUGCAGUCCACGCUGUGCCUUGGGAGGAAUGCUGCUCCAUGCUCUUUCCCUGGUGUUGGAGUCUCAGAUGGGGUGUGUUGAGAAGGCAGGAUGCAGGGAUAAUGAUUGCAUCCUGGGUUUCUCUUUUCCAUAAAGUAAAUAAUGGUGAUUUGUCAAUAAAGCAUUUCUUUGGGGGAAAACGGA